CUCUCUUCCCUUCUGGUUGGGGGUCGCUCAACAAAAAACCUUGCAGUCAAAAUCCCUAAUCGGAGCUCGCACGGAUUCAAAGGCUGACGACAGCGACCGACCAACCACCCAACACAGAGCAGCCAUGACCGAUUCUCCUUCCGUCUUCUCCCCCCUUCAUUUAUACCUCCGGCAUGCGCAGACUACUGCUCUUCGACAGUUCCCUCUCCUCCCGAUUUCAGUUAGGGUUUCCAUGAAUUUGGGGUUUCCGAGCUGUGGAUGGAGACGAACGCGACGACGAUGAUGAUCGUUCCGGAUUACUACCGGCUCGCGAAGUCUGUUUCGUGCCAGGAUUCGAUCAAGACUCUGCAAGCCGACGUUGAUUAUGCCAAUUUGCUAGCAACCUCAAUUCCAAGAUUCAAAGGGGGAACGUAUUUGCAAAUGAAGUUGGUCUACAAUGAUUUGGCACCGUUAUUUUUGGUCUUGUUCCAAUGGAUGAACUUCUCUUGUACAUGCUUACUACCCAGUUAUCUAAAUCUCUUCAAUAUCCUUCUAUACGAGGUUUCUGCUGAUGGUAAACAGAUGCUGAAAUCACAUGCAAGGAAAGCAACAGUUCGAGAAUUUUAUGCCGUGAUAUUACCAUCUCUACUCCGCCUGCACGGCAAUUCAUCUGGGCGCGCAGACGAAGGUUAUCGUCCGAAGAUUGCCGCGAGUGUGAAUUCCCAAGAGACGAAGAAGAAGAAGAUGCAGUGUAAUUCUGACAUGGAGAGGGAAGAUGAGUGCGGGAUUUGCUUAGAACCUUGCACCAAAAUGGUUCUGCCAAACUGCUGCCACGCCAUGUGCAUUAACUGCUACCGCGACUGGAAUGUGAGGUCAGAGUCAUGCCCCUUUUGCCGGGGAAGCCUGAAAAGGGUGGAGUCGGGAGAUCUGUGGGUCCUGACGUGCGACGGGGACGUAGUAGACCAGGAAACACUGUCGAAGGACGAGAUGCGUCGGUUCCGUAGAUACGUAAAUGGGCUCCCCAAAGAUGUCCCAGAUGCCCUCUUCUUAGUCUAUUAUGAGUACUUGAUCUGAGUGAUGAGAGAGAGAAUGGGAGAGAGGCAUGUUCAGUUGUACAGGGUGGUGAUAGAUCAUCUUAUGUUUUUCUCAAUUCUUAGCAUGUGGAUCUUCUUCUCCUUGGGGGUAGAAAUGGAAGGAUUUUAUGUAUAUCUAUCUUCACUGCCUCUUCCUAGGCUCUGUUUGGAUGGGAUACUCAAUUUCUGACGCCAUUCUUUCUUUUUACAGACAUUCUCAAACACUG